CAAGAAUACCUAGUUACGACGCCGAUUUUACAAACAUUAUGCAUUUCAUCUUCAUCCUAAACGAAAUGCCAUUUGAACCCCAAUUUAACUCGCUUCUAAUCAAUCUAUAAACCCAUAGUCAUACCUUUCAUUCUCAUCCUUCUGCAAAUCAAGUCAUUGAUUGUCUUAUGUGAAGUUCAUCCUUAUCUCCACCGCGAAAUCCACUGUCAACCACCAUUUUUGCUAAUUUUGGACAUCACAAGCACCAAUGGUGAAAAAUGAGACCAUAUAGGCAAUCUACCUUACGUUCCCUUUCAUUAUGGAUGCUCAACUCCUUCAUCUAUGGGAAGAACCGCAAUCAAAACAACCAUCCAUGACCAAAUCGAAAAUUCUAACAAUCGCCCUGUGGUCUUGGUUUGAAACAACAGAGGUCGGUUCUGUGAUUUAUGUGUUGAGAGCUUUCAUCCUACAAUGUUCGUUGAUGAAUUUCGGCAAAAUUCAUGAAAACCCGAUGUCGUCGGCGUUACGCAUCGUUGUUGUUAUCCGCAAGCACUGUUUCGAGUCGUUUGUAUGUGUUUCGAUUAUUCUAUGGACUCGUCGUCAAAUAAUUGUAUCUCCGGAUUUCUAUUGCUAUUGUGUUGCUAAAACUUCUUAUCGUACGAGAUCGUCAAAGCAGGUAUGGGAUGAAAGUGAGUUCGAGUUCAUGAGUGUAAAUUAAGCGAGAUGAACGGGAAAACCGUAUUUUCCAUAAUUCAUUUGAGGCUCACUACGUAUAGCUGAAGCCUUUUGAGUAAUAAUUGACUAAUGAGAAAACUUGAAUUUGAUGAGGUUAACAUAUGAGUUAGAAACUUUUAUAGGCUGUUGUUUCAUUUGAUUUCGAAGAUCGUUUGAUAGUUGAAUUAUUGUAGAGUUGUGUAUAUGAUGUAUUAUGUGUUUUGUUUAUAUCCACCCUUGAUAUUGUCAUAUGAUAUAAAAUGGGAUGAAUUAUAAUUAUUUA